CUAUCCAGUAUAUAAUCUUUGGUUACCCCUUCAUAUAUUAAAUAGUGCUGCACCUCUGCUAUGGAUUUGGCAAAUAAUUGAAAAUAUUUAUGCAUAAAAAAACUGAAAAAAAUGUUGAAAUCAAAAGAAAUCAUUUCGUCUGAAAUUAUAUUUUGAUUGAAAGUACUUCAAACUCAAUAGAAGAAGAAAACUGUCAAGUGUUGAUUGAACUAGUUUUUGUUGAGGUUAUAUUUAAAAUAAUAUGAUUUUCCAUUCGUCUAUUUAUUACAAAGUUGAAGUAAAUUAAAAGUGAUAUUUUUGUUAUUAAAAGAAAUUAUUAGUAUGUUUCCAAGAAGUACUAGCAAGUUAAUUAGAAAACUAUUGGUACAAAAACUUCAUUUUAGUGACCAAACUAAAACCAAUAUAAAAUCAAAUCCAAAUAUAAAGCCAUUAGAUAAUAUAAAACUGGACUUAAAUAUUACAGACCGUUGUGUUAAACGUCUGAAAAAAAUAACGACUACUAACGAUGAAGUAUUAAGAAUAUCAGUUGAAGGAGGAGGUUGUUCUGGAUUCCAAUACAAAUUUGACCUGGAUACUAAAAUUACUGAAGAAGAUAAAAUAUUUCAUAAAGAUGGUGUAAAGAUAGUUGUGGAUACUAUUUCUCUAGAUUAUAUUAAAGGAUCUACUGUAGAUUAUGAGGAAGAAUUAAUAAGAUCUUCAUUUAAAAUAGUUAAAAAUCCUUUGGCAGAACAGGGUUGUUCAUGUGGAGCUUCUUUCGCUGUUAGAUUGGACUAAUUUUUGAAUUUAUUGGAAAUGAUUUGUGAUAUAUGUCGUGAUAAAAAUCAAAGUAAUGUUUAUUAACUUUUAAUUUACAUGAAAUUUUUAUGAACUGACUAAACUUAUUAAAAAAAUAUUAUUGG